UUGACAUUGAAAGCUACACAAAUACCAGGACGGAUCUAGACUGCACAGUGCGCGCUUCAGGACCAGUUACUACAACAGCCUGGGCUUUAGGAGCCCACAGCUUUUUAAUAUUCCCCCAAAGAGUCUGAGGGACCUACACAAAGUAGAUGUAGGUGUUUUCAAAUCAAAACAGGAUUUCUUCCGGUCGGGAGUCCCAGAUGAAUCUAUCUCGCGAUAUGACGUGGAAAUGAGGGUAGCGACAUCAAACUCCCGUAUUCACCAAAUGUCACAUAUUAGAGGAGGCUCUCAAUAAUAACAGUGUAGUAAAAUGGCGGUGCCCCAGCAUGGCCACAGCUCUGAGAUGAAACUAAAACAAAAAUGUGAAUACCAUUACAAAAUUUGUUUGUGGCAUAUUUAAAAAAAUAUUCUAAAGUGAAAAUGACUGUAAAAUACGGUAGAUAUUACGAGAAAGACCCGUUCGUAACACCAGUCUGAAAUAGUUUUUUCUAGUGCAUUCAACGUAUCUCCCCUCCCAAGAUUUGGUUGCUGUGCAAAAAAACACCAGCCAAAUCUUUCCAGCCCACGAAACAUAACUGUGGGUGGGAAACUAAUCGCAUAAGAUUAAGUAUUGAUAAGUUGUUUACUAUGGUGUCGAUAUAGCAUGGAUGCAACCUUUGGAUUAAAACAUAUAAAAGAAUUUUUAAAAAACUGCACACACACACACACACACACACACACACACACACACACACACACACACACACACAGAGGGACACACUCACACCCCACACAAACACACUUAUGUACGAUUGCAAUUUGAGCACACGCAUAAAAUAUUGAAUGUAUUUAAUAAUUUUACCACAGGCUGUUAACAAGUGACAUAUUCGCUCAAUGAAAUGAAAUCAACAUUAUAGUUUGUGUUAUAAGUUUUAAGAUCUAGAAACUUCCUCGGCAGACACGAUGUAACUUAGCAGCAGCCAGGAUGUGAUUCAGAUUUUUGUGAUGAAACGAGCAUAUAAUGACCCCGGCACUUCGUCAGGUACACAAGAAAAGCCUAGAUUCUUUACAGUCGAGGAAGUUAUUGAUGAUGUUUAUUCUUUGGAUGAACAGCUGACCCUUACGCAGACAAUGAGAGUGAUGCAGAAAAGCAAAAGACGAAAACAGGUGUAGGAACAACAAGAAGGUGUAUUAGUUUAACGCUUGGGAACAUUGGAAAAGUCUUUUACGUUUCGAGCCUUCACUCUUCGACAGAAAGGAAUAAGAGCUCUCUUUUAAACCCUCUUCACCUCUCUCUUUGAGAUGUAAAGCGCAACUGUAGAAAUGAAUCAACCAGCCAAGUAACCAUAGAAAUGAAUCAACCAGCCAAGUAACCAUAGAAAUGAAUCAACCAGCGAAGUAACCAGCAUUUAUAUCAGCUAAAUUGUCAUAGCUCAGGUACCUCUACCGCUAGUGCUCCUAUUUUACAGACAUCCGGCGAUAAUCGUAACACCUGAUCCAUUAGGACAUGGUAUAACUUUAUGUGCUUUGAAGCUGGAAAGGGAAGUUCUGGAAAGAUACAAGACUCAGCAUUAAGAAGCAAAAAAGACUCGCACAAAUACUACGAUGAAAACCAUUAUUACAAAACGUAAAUAUGGAUACGUAUUUCUAUGUAUCAUCUUUAUCACUACCAUGCUUUUGAUGUCUCUACAAAACGAAGAUCAUUUUCUGAAAUCACAAUUUAAAAAUGUCGAAAACACAUCGACUCACCUCAUGACUACAACUUCAAAAACACCAUCGAGUAGCCUUAAGGCAAUAAUUUCUGAAACACCAUUGACUCGCUUUACGAAUACAAGUUUGGAAGAGUGGAGAGGAAACUUGAAAUACAUUUGUGUCAAUUUAAUUGGAAGGUUGGGUAAUCAAAUGUUUGUAUUUGCUUCUGGUUUAGGGAUAGCAAAUGCUAACAAUAGGAGUAUGAUUGUUCAUGAAGGAAUAGAACAUUUAGAAAAUAUAUUUAAUAUACAUAAUACUGAGAAAAAUGGAACUUUGUGCAAAAAUGCUAAAACAAAAUAUCACCGAAAGGCUUCCGCUUUUGAUCCUAGAUUGUUUAAUAUUAGUAAUGUGGGCACUGUUUUUGUCGGACCUUAUUUACAGUCAUACAAGUAUUUCGAACGCAUAUAUGAUGAAAUCCGCUCUCAAUUCACUUUUAAAAAAGAGAUUAAAGACAAAGCCGACAAAAUUAUAAAGGAAAUUGUCGAGAAUCAUAGAAAAGUUAACAAUGCGUCGUUGAACUGGACAGUAGUAGGAAUACAUGUUCGACGAGGUGACAUGGUUAAUCAUCCAUAUGGUUAUAAUGUGGCUUCUAAGGAAUAUUUCGAAAGUGCAAAACAGUGGUUCCAGUCUCAUUAUACAAAUGUAAUAUUCGUUGUUUGUUCUAAUAGUUUGCAAUGGUGUAAAGACAACAUAUCUGACAAUAGCACUUAUUUUAUAAGUGGCAACUCGGCAGCAGAAGACAUGGCUGUUUUGAGCAGCUGUGAGCAUUUAAUUUCUUCUGUAGGUAGUUACAGCUGGUGGGCAGGAUUUUUGUGUAAAGGAAAUGUCACUUACUAUUUCCCACCAGCCAAAGAACAUUCUCUACUUCGAAACGCGUACAGUGCUGACUAUAUGGACUAUUUUCAGCCAAAAUGGAUUCGUCUUUAGUUAUUCUGAUGAAAUGUAUUCGGAGAAAUUGGUAAAGCAUCGGAUUCGUGUGAUUUCUUAUCAUGUCUUCAAUUGUUCAGUCUCUACGUCCAUAAUUUUGUAAUAAAUUGAAAUUAGAAUGUGUGUUUACAUGAAAUUAUGAAGCACAUCGGGUAUUUUACAAAGUAAAUGUUUGAGAAAACUGAUUAAUUUAUUGAUGGGUGAAAGGAAAAAUAAAUCUUGAUUUUUUUUUUUAAUGAAGUACUUCUAAUUCUGGCUCAAAGUAAGCAAGUUCAGGGUUAAGUCGAGCACACCGACUUCAGUGCUCAACUGGAACUUAUUUUAUCGAACGCUGAAGUAUGAAAAGGAAAGUCGACCCCUGCUUAAGGAUAGACCACCUCAGAACGUGAGGAUAGACGAAAUGUCUGUGAAUAUUUUAUCUGGCGUGUUAACGAGUCUGCCAGCUCUUUACCUUACAAGUUCUUCAAAUAUUAAGGUGUAUAAAGCCUUGAUAUAGAUUCAAUUGUUAGAAUGUCUAACAACAGUGGUUAAGCAAACCUCUGUUGUAAGACAUUCCAACAUUAACAGCCAUUUCCUUUUCAUAUAUAGAGUAUAUGCAUGUGAUCUCAAACUUGAAGAAUAGAAAACAAUGAGGACAUUUCUCUAUUGUCACAUGACGCCCAAGAAGUAGCAGAGAAAUUUCAUCUACUCACAUACUACCAUCUUAAAAAUGGAGGGACAUUUUCAGUAGCAUAAUUCUAGAGCUACUGCUUUUGAGUUUAAGAUAAGAUGGCUACAACUGUGUUGAAGAGAUAACAAACGUAGAUGGUAUGCUUCUUGCUUCAGGUGGUACAGCAUCUUGCUAUGUCUGAGGCCCAAAACCAAUGUAGCAGUAAGAGAAACUGGUGAAUUAACAUUCCGGAGAUUAAGUCUUCACAAAUCACUUUUUGAGGAAAUUCUUGUAGAUGGUUUAUGAUACGCGUGUGUGUAGUAACACUUCGUAUCAGAUAUUUAACAAUAAUAUUAUUGCAUCUGAGCUUUGUGAAGGUCAAUAAAGGAAUUAUUCAUUUAUUUUAAAGAAA